UUCCACACUUCGAGGUUCGGUUUUGCAGUUGGUGGUUUGCGUAGAAAAAAAGACCAAACUUUUCUUUCUUUAUAAAACCGAAGCUUGCAUGGAACAUUGAAGAAGUCAGUUUGACGGCACCAAACCAACUAACCUUUGGCCCCCAAUAAUGAAGUCGUUCCUAACACCAACAGAAUUGAGUCCAGUGGUAUUGGUGCGUGGAACACACGCGCUGUAGCAGCUAGUAGUGGAGGGUUUGUGGUAAAGGGACAUUGCCGUCGUGGCAAAGCAAAGAAAAGAUACAGACAAGCCAAGAUAAGCAGAAGACCCGCCGCGACCUCCGCAAUUAGCGGUAGAGUGCGGGUCCGACGUGGCAUGUUCCGCAACAGCACAGAGAAAUGGAAAUGCCCAAAUGGGUUAGCUGAGAAUGGAGACGUAGAAGAACCAAGAAAGUGCAGAAAAGAGGAGGAUGGAGUGGGCGAACCAGCAGCAACAGAACAACCAAACUGAGCAGCAAUUGCAAGUGCAAAUGCAGGUAGAGCAAUUGAGCAACGGCGAUGGAGUUGGUGGGCUGUACGUCAAGGUAAUGACGGAUGAGCAAAUGGAGCUCCUCAGGCACCAGAUCUCUGUCUAUGCUUCCAUAUGUGAGCAGCUCGUGGAGAUGCACAAGGCUAUCACCGCCCACCAGGACCUUGCCGGAAUUAGGGUAGGGAACCUAUACUGCGAUCAAAUAAUGGCAUCUGCCGCUGGUCACAAGAUAAGUUCUAGGCAGAGGUGGACGCCCACGCCUGUGCAGCUUCAAAUUCUUGAGCAGAUCUUUGAUGAGGGCAAUGGGACCCCAAGCAAGCAGAAGAUCAAGGAAAUAACUCUCCACCUCACACAGCAUGGCCAAAUUUCAGAAGCAAAUGUUUACAAUUGGUUUCAGAACAGAAGGGCUCGCUCAAAAAGAAAGCAGGCAAAUUCAACACCAAAUAAUCCAGACUCGGAACCAGACACAGAAGUUGAUUCUCCAAAGGACAAAAAGACCAAACCAGAAACCUUCCAAACAUAUGACCAAUUCGUUUCCAAUUCCAACAACGUGUAUUCUCAGACAUCUGAUUUAGGCGCUGAAAUGCUCGCCUUUGAUGCACAAUCAAACAAAGGGGACCCCAUGCUCCAGUCUUUCGGAUCGAGUCAUUUGAGUCAGGUCGCCACCGCACAGAAUCACAGAAAUAAUGAUAAGAUGAACGUACCAGACGGCUACACCCCUUACCAUCCUUGUGAAGGAUAUCCACUUGGUUGAGGGAUUGGUGCCUAACAUUCCACAGAUGUUCUUGAAAACAAUGGUGUGAUCAUCCUGGAGGAAUGUUAACUGAGAGAGUAAAUAUUAGAGAGCAUGUAAAAGGGAAUCAAGUUUUGAAGAUGCUUGUUGGGACAUUUUACAUACGUGGUUACCAAUGAUAUAGCUUACAAUAUAAUAGAAAUCGAACUCCUUGUAUUUCACUUGUACAACCAACUCAUACCGUUCUGUAGUUUGGUCUGA